AAUCGGGUUGCUGAUGCUAUGCUCAUGCUCCAGGGAGUCAGCACAGAUAAUGCAGAUGAAUCUGGUAACACCCCCGGCACCAGUAGUGACUCUACAUUAACAUCAUCACAUUCACAAGGUCGUGGGAAGCGCGGAGUACUACAGCGACAACAUGGCAUUAUCCGUGAUGCUGCAGGUGAGGAGCGCAGGGAGGAAAACCGAGAAGCUACCCAUCAGCAGCAACACUCUCAGCAGUCACAGCAUCCUCAGCAACAGCAAACACCACAAGAGUCUGGGAAGAGUGACACAAAGGAUGCAAAGGGUGAAGCAGAAAAGGAGCCAGAACUCAUUAUUCCAGAUACUGUGGUGGUCUCUGCAGGAACAGUAACAUUGUCAAGUAAUCAGCCAGCACUCCUUCAGGUGCCAACUAUGUUAAUGGGACAUAGAGAUUCCAUUGGACCAGGGCCACUACCCAAACAACAUUCACAUCCAACACCACUUCUGACCCCAACACCCAUCAUAAGUAAACAGUUGUCUCAUCCAGAAUCCCGAGGUCCACCAACACAUCAAGGACCCCCUCAGAUGUCUAAGCAGAGAUCCCAUCCAGGUGUAUUGACACACACACCAUCACCAUCAGAAAGAUUACCAAGUACUACUACCACCACAAGCACUAGCAGUACAGCACCUCAACAGCAGCAGCACUUACAGGUAAUUCCCAUGCAUUUAGUUGUGAAACCAAGAGCCCCACCAGUGACCAUGCCAUCACAGCUGAGACCAAUUCAGCCGAAGCCUUGUGAAGGCCCAGCUGUUUCUGAACCACUUCCUAAGAAGGAAAUACCCUUGAUACGUCUAACACCUUCAGAAGACGGAGGCAAUGUAAAUAUUAGUAGUAGUGGCUUUAAUAUGAGUGGUUGUACAGUGACUGGACCUUCCCGACCCAUUAGAGCACUGAGUGAGGAACCAGCUAUGUCUAGACAGUCAAUGACUCACACACAUGAGCAGUUAGCUCCAGGACCAUCUGUCUUAAUACAGAGUGUGUCACAAGAUUCAGGUCUAGACUCUGGUACUGGAAAUCGCAUGUUAAGUACACCUCAGCUGUCCGUGACAACCACACCUCCACUCAGACCUGCUUCUUCUCCUGGUCACUGUCCCGUCCUUCGUGGUGGUCCUGCUCUAGGAUGCAACUUUUGUUGGAACUCUACAGACCCACAAGGAAGAGUUCUUCGUCGAAAGACAAAAUACCAUUGCCCAGAGUGUCGAACCAACCUGUGCAUUGUUCCUUGCUUUCAUGAGUACCAUAAACAGAUAGAACGUUCACAGGACACUGACAAACAGAUUACAAAGAUUCUUACCAAAACUAGUUCAUUGUAGUGGGUAAAUGGCAAGCAGCAGACAACAGGGGGAAAAAAGAAAGUAUCCUUUGAAGAAGAUCUAAGUGUAACAGUUAUUUCCAGUGCUAUGAACUAGAGUCUAAUAUGAUCAAAAUGUUUAUUUAUUGAUGUAAAUAUUAGAUGAAAUCACUUUCACAUAUGCAUUCAGCUGUGUUCUACACAUAUCCACUAUUGCCAACAAAUGGGUGUCUAUCAAAAAUGUCUGUCUAAUUAAGAAAAAAUAUUUUACAAUUUUACAGCUAGAUAGAAAUAUGACUAUUAGUCUCAUUAGCUUCUUUUUUUCCUUCAGAAAUUUACAAUGAAAUCUCCAUGUCCUUUAUUUUGGUCAGAUUACAUAAGUAGCAGGAAAAGUAUAACUUUGAAGUUUGUUAUGUGUAUGAAAUUGUUCAUAAAAGUACAUAUAGUCAAAAGAAAAAAACAUAUAUGAUGUUGAACUUCAGUUGGCUGGUCAGUGAAUUACGAAGUUGUUUGUAUGUAUGUACACAUGUUUUGUUAUUGUAUUAUUUUUUAUUUAUCUUUUUUUCUUCUUUGUCAUCUUCCUCUUCCUCUUCUUUUUCUUCAUUUUAAGGGAGGGGGGUGGGAAUCAUUCAUGGCACACAAAAAACAAAUAUGUAUCACACAAGGUGGUAAUGGUUUUAUGAGAGUUUGGUUAUUUCAGAUAAAAUGAGAUUAUGUAAAUUGCAAAAUACACAGCAAUUAUGAUUUUGUACCAAUGCUAGUAUUUUUUUCAACACUUUCCAUGUUAUAGCAUUACAUCCAUACUGAUUUGAUUUUACUGCUUUUGAUUUUUAAAAGUAUUGAUUUGCUUAUUUUUUUAAAUGUAUGUGACUGUUUAUAAGAUUAUACAUGGUUUAUAAAUGGUGCUCAGGAACAAAACAGUAAUGAUAUGGCAAAGAGCAUAAGUGCAACAUUCAAAGAGGAAUGUUGACAACUUGGGAAGCCAUUUCAUAUCAACUGAUGGAACAUGCUGGAAGGACUGUAAUCUCUAUAAAUAUUCAUCAAGAUGAAUCCUAAGAAUGAAAUUAAAGGAAAUUAAUUUGUGGUAAUCAUCUGUCAUAAUUUGAAAAGGAAAUCAUGUUCUGUCUCAUGUUUAGUCUUCAGAAAAAGUAGUUAUUUGAAUACUAAAGAGGAAGUUAUUCACUGUUUUAGUUGUAAUGGAUAAUUUUUACUUUUGUUUAGCGUAUGGUUAAGUGCCAUUCUUUUUAUGAAUGCAAUGUGCACAACAGUCUAUUUGCUGAAUACCAAGGGUGCAAAAAUGUAUACACAUUUUUUUUUUCUUUCAAUGGUGUCCAUAUAGAAGUCUGAUUUUCAGUAGAGGAUUAUAAAUUUUCUUCAUAUUGUUACAUUAUUUCAUUAUUUUCUUCACAUGCUCUGACAUUCCAGUUAUGACAUACAAAUUAUGUUAUCCAUUAACCCAUUUCAUGACUUGACCAGAUACUAGCUUUAUCAUUUUCUUCCUUUCUGUGUGUUUUUUCUGGUAUAUGUAUCCUAUUGAAUUAUUAUUAUUUGUGAUGAUUAUAUAAUUCUAUUUUGAUAUUUUGAUUUCAAUAGAAAGGGAAACAUCAAGAUAAAAAGACAAGUAUUUUAUUGCCAGAAGACAGAAUAUGAUACAACUUCAGGUUCAAUUGUUUAUGCUGAGCCUCAUGGCAAAUAAAAACUGAUCUGUGAAA